AUGAAAGUCCUUCCAUUUUGCGUCUUCUGCCUCGCCCCAAUCGCCCUAGCACUUCCAGCCACCCCUCCUACUGCUCUGAAGGAGAUAGCAGCACUCCGUAACCUUGUCAGAGAGCCAGUUGAGCUGCGGACUCUCAGGAUACUUGCUCCUGAUAGCGCGGAAAGCCAAUUCGACUGGAGAGAUGCGUCCCAUGAAAGUCUUCCACCAAGAAAUCGAUAUGCUGAGGAUUCACAAGUCCUCUCCACAGAAAAUCAGUAUUUUAGAGCAAGGGAGGCAUCCGAUUCACAACUACGCUCGCCAGAGAAUCAACAUCUUGGAGCACCAGAAGCAUUCAAGCCUCGAUCCCGAUCAUCCAGGAAAGCAAUCCCCAGCCGAGACUCUCCAAAAAAGGAACCCGCAGCCCAGGCUGACAGAGAAGGAUCACGCAGGACAGUUGACUUGGAUGUAUUCGGGGGUAGAGGGGCGAUAGACAGCUAG